CUGCUGUGUGUAGCGAGCCAUCUUCGCAGGCUAUGUCUUUGUCUUUGGGUACAGGUGACAGCGUAGCGGUGCCUACUGCUGCCGUGAGCGUGAAGCAAGCGCCACAGAUCCCUGCUACUGGAAGCCAGUCAACACAACAAGUUUGGCAUCGACGUCUAUCUCAUCUGAACGCCCGCAGUAUGGAGUUACUGAGAAAAGAAGUUCCUGAAGGCGCAUGGAAUUCGACAUCAGACCACGGUUCCAAGGUCAUCAGCUCAGAACGGAGUCGCGGAGCGCGCGAUAAGAAGCGUUACGGAGAAAGCCAGGUGCAUGCUUCAGGAAGCAGGCUUGAAGAAGGAAUUCUGGGCAGAAGCGGUCAACACCGCCGUCUACCUUAAGAAUCGCUCUCCGACUAAGGCUGUGAUGGGCAGUACACCAGAAGAAAAGUGGACAGGUAAAAAGGAGAAUCUUAGCUACCUGCGCAUUUUUGGCUGUCAAGCUUAUGCCCUUCAGCACAAACGGGACAAACUGGAUCCCAAAAGUAAGAAGUAUAUUUUUGCCGGAUACUGUGACGACACAAAAGGUUACAGACUGAUAGAUCCGGAGAACCCGAAGACUGUCAUAAAAGCUAGAAACGUAAUUUUUCUAGAAC